AUGCCAGACGACGACGUUACGCCGCAUAUUCAAUCGACCUCGAUGGAACAGUUCUACGCAGGAAAGGGUCUCUUCGUGACAGGUGGCACGGGCUUCAUCGGCAAGACUUUGAUCGAGAAACUACUUCGGUCGACACCAGACAUCGACAAGAUCUAUGUGAUGGUGCGUCCGAAGAAAGGCCGGUCCGCGCACGACCGCCUCGAGUCCGACAUCAUCUCCAGUCCGAUCUUCAACCGACUGCGCGCAGAACGCCCUGCCGACUUUGACUCGUUCAUUCGGUCCAAGCUCGUGGCCAUCGGCGGCGAUAUCAACUCGGCGAGUCUGGGGAUGUCUGCCCAGGACGCCCAGCUUCUCAUUGACCGCGUCAACGUCGUCGUCCACUCUGCGGCUAGUGUCAGCUUCAACGAACCCCUCGACGUCGCUGUGGAAAUGAACACAUUGGGGGCGAUGUACAUGCUCAGUUUUUCCAAGCAAAUCAAGCGACUGGUGGCAUACGUACACGUGUCCACGGCGUACGUGAAUAGCAACCGCCGCAACUGCACGCUCCUGGAAAAGAUCUACCCAUUGGAUUUCGACGUCGAAGCCGCCAUCGAUGCCGUCACCAAGGCGUCGUCCACGGAAGACAUUGAGAAGCUGCAUCUCAACCUCAUCGGCACGUACCCCAAUACGUACACGCUGACCAAGUCCAUGGCCGAGCACAUGCUCGCCAAGCAUCGCGCACAUGUGCCGCUGGUGCUGCUCCGUCCGACGAUUGUGGGGGCGUCGUGGAAGGAGCCGAUUCCUGGAUGGGUGGAUCAGUUGGCCGCGGCGGGAGCCAUUUUCCUAGCGGGGGGUAUGGGUCUGCUCACGAUUUUACCAGGCGACCCCCGCAGCAUUGCCGACAUUGUGCCCGUGGAUUUCGUGGUGAAUGCAAUCUUGUUGAGUGCGUUCGCCAAGGCCAAAGAACCGACGGGAGCCGCCCCUCUAAUUGUCCACUCGGGGACGUCCGACCCCCGCGAGCAGCCGCUGCGAUGGCGUGUGCCCAUCGGAACUGUGUCGUCGUAUUUUCAGCAAAACCCACCGGAUAAGGGACUUUCUCGGCCGUCGUUUACCAUGUUCCCGAGCCAUCAAUUAUUUCAAAUCAACUGGUUCCUGCGCUAUACGCUGCCGUCGUCGGCAUACUCGACGAUCGCCAACGCCAGCGGCAACGUCCACCACAUGAACCAAGCGUCGCGACUGUGGAAGCUGACGUGGCGCGCGCGGCAGUUGGUCGAAAUCUUCAAACCAUUCACGGAGAACCAGUGGGUAUUUAGUGCCGACGGGCUGCAAACCUUGCGCGCAAUGCCUGAAUACAACUCCACCCACUGGUGCUGCGAUGCCAACGACGUCAUGUGGGAGCGAUAUUUGCUCAACUAUUCGGUGGGGUUGAAGAAGUGGCUGCUGCACGAAGACGUGAUCGACGUCGACAUUGAAGGGGUGCAGCACACCGAGAUGGCGCUGAGUACCGAACGCAUGUUGGCAUGGGACCCUGACCACCAUGCGAUUUCGUUCCCGGGGCUACUGCCAGAUAUGUCGUGGGCGUUUACUUCGAGUCGCAAGCCCGGGUAUACCAAGGCGGGGAUUUGGGGUCGGUUCAUGGGGCUCACGGGCUGGAAGGAGGGCGCUCAUCACGAAGCCACGUACGUGCCGCGGGUGCCGGCAGACCCCCUCUCAGCCAUCAAACAUCAUGUCCUCCACUCGCAAGCAGUGCAAACUGUGAUCGAAAAUGCAGAGAAAGCCGCCCCAAACAAGGAAGUGCGCGCGCUCAUGGAGGCGCAAGUGCUCGAAAUGCUCUCAAAAAUGGCCGCCACAGUCAAUUACAAGUCGGUCCGAGUAGCUGGGUGGCUGCUGCGCAAGGUGUGGCGUCAAAUGUACGACAAGAUCAUCGUGGACGAAGGCGGAUUGGAAACCAUUCGAAACUUGGUCAAAGCAAGGGAAGGGCCGCUGGUGCUCAUUCCGACCCAUCGGUCGUACAUUGAUUUUCUCAUGAUGACGUACCUCUUCUUUGCGUACAACAUCCCCGUGCCACAUAUCUUUGCCGGCGAAGACUUUCUCAACAUGGGUCCCAUGACCCAAGUGUUGCGAGAGGGCGGGGCCUUCUUUGUCCGGCGGUCGUUCAAAGACGACGCGUUGUACACGGCAGUGUUUUCCGAGUACACCCAGUACUUGUUGACAAAGGGCCACACGGUCGAGUUCUUCUUGGAAGGGACGCGAAGUCGCAGUGGCAAGCAGCUGCCGCCCCAAUUUGGCAUGCUUUCGACGGUUGUCAAGUGCUUUGAAGCUGGCCGUGUCGACAACAUUCACAUUGUGCCCGUGACCAUUGACUAUGACAAACCCGUGGAGCUGUCGGUACAUCAAAAGGAACUCCUCGGCGAAGGCAAAGUGAAAGAAUCGGUGGGCGCGUUGCUCAAAUCAUACCAAGUGCUGCGCCAGGACUUUGGCUCCGUGUCCGUUCGCUUUGGGAGUCCCAUCCACCUCAAGCAGUUUGUCGCGACCUACAAAGCUGCUCCUCCCGUGGACGCUAAAACUGGAUCAACCGUGUCUCUGGUCACGGACUUGGCGUACUCUGUCACAGACGCGAUGAUCCAACGUGCAACGUGCACACCUUGUCACUUGGUGGCUACAAUUCUGCUCAUGUUUCGCAACGGAGUGUCCAAAGAGCAAUUGAUUGUACAAACCAACUGGUUGCGAACUGAAAUUGUGGCCCGCGGGGGUCGAGUGUUGGGGUCGCAGGGCCGGACGCCAGCGGCCAUGACGGAACGGGCUUUGACAUUGCUCGGCAACUUGAUCUUUUGGCGUCGGUCCAACUUGGUUGAACCAGCCAUCACCAACAGGGAGCAAUACUCCAACAUGAUUGGGUUGGGGUACUACCGCAACAAGAUAUUGCACUGGUUUUACAAGGAAGGCGUGGUCGCGUGCACAUUUCACGCGUUGAGUACUAACAACAACCAAGGCUCGGCUAUGGCGUCCAGUGGAUGUAAUAAGGACACCUUGCUUCAGCACGCGCUGUUUCUGCAUGAGCUGCUGGCAGUCGAAUUCGUGCGCAAGGAAUAUGUCGACAGUCGCAGCGAGUUGGACGGCGCGCUCACCACGCUGACCCAACGUCGGGUGUUUGCAGUUGAGGGUGCGAACGCAACUCCGACGGUAGUGCUCACAGACGACAGCCAACCAACACUCUCGUUGUUGUGUGCGGUGUUGUGGCCGUUCAUUGACAGCUAUUGGGUCGCGGUCACGAGUUUGCUGGCUAUCAAGGCAGGAGAAGGAAUUCCUCCGAAGGCGCUCGUGAAGCGCAUGCAAUGGCUUGCAGAAACGAUGUACCACGAUCGAAUCAUUGCAUACUACGAGUCGUGUUCGAUGGAAACGCUCACGAAUGCACUGACGAUCUUGACGACGUGGGGGGUGGUUCAAGUUGGCAAUGAAACCAAGGGCCAACUCAAGCACAAGAUCUCAGUGAUUCGGCUGACGGAGCAAUAUCGAACGGGCACGGCAUUGGAGGACUUGGCGUCCAAAAUUGGUGCGUUUCGAAAGUUACCCCUCGGUGGACCCCAGUCGAUGGACCUGGCAGCGCUCGUCACGGAGUUUCCAAGCUUGUCCAAGCUGUAGACUACUUGACAAUUGCAUCGACAGAUAGAAGAUAUGUACACCGAGUUGUAGUACUAACCGUAUCGAAAUAAUACAUCAAACUUUCUCGGGUGUCACGGCACAUCAA